GACCACUCGGAGUCAGUCAUAUGUCUGUCAAGAUCUGCAUUUAGCACGAUCAGCAUCAAAAUGUGGUUAGCUGUUCUGUUAUCGAGUAUAUUGUUUGUUAUGGUGUGUAAUGGUGACCUUCCUGCUGACAACAUUAGAGCGAGCGUCACUGUUCACGAUGCUACAGGUGCGAACAUGGACAGGAGUCUUGUCAAUGCGCACAGGUUGAGACGCAAUAUGGAGUCUCGAGAUUCCAUGGAACAAAUUCAUCUAACGAUACGGGCUGGUUAUGAUACCUACGAUGUACGACUCAAAAGGGAUGCUAGGGUAUUAGCGAGCUCAGAAUUUAAGUCCAUUUACAUCACCCAAGAUGGGAGUGAAGAACAUACAUUUGACAAAAGCUGUGUAUACAUCGGGAAAACAAUGUCUCUAAUCAAUGGCAAAGAGUCCAGCGGUCACGUGAUAGCCACAGUGUGUGAUGGCAAGAUGAUUGGGCUUAUAAAAUAUGGGAACAACAUGAAAGCAAUAAUACCAUCAAACGACAAUUCAGAUCAAAAUUAUGAGAAUGACCAUGUUAUGUACAACGUGAACGAUGACCUGUUCCAAGAAAGAACCAAGAGAGAAGAUCCUGCGGGAUCUACAGAGGACUUUAUGAUACCAAACAAUGACGACAUGAUGUCCCAAACUGAAGUUUGCCUGGAAAGAAUAUUUAAACGAUAUCCCGGAACAGUAAUGCCAGGAACUCCCCAGAAAUCGGUGCCAAAUCUUACAAGGGAGGGUUGUAAAGCAGCUUGCCAUCAAGAGACAACUUUUGUUUGUAAAUCAUGUGAUUAUAACAUGGAUUCAAGGGAAUGUAGAUUAAGUUCUGAAUCCGUCAAUCCAACAGCUAUCCACGGUACCCCUGGACAGGAGUGGUUUAUAUACUACAUCCUAGAGUGUAAAACAGCCGUCAAUUGUAAGGCAACCAGUUUGGGCCAAGAGUAUGUCGGAACGAAGAGUAUAACUCCGAAAGGGAAUACAUGCCAGCGCUGGGACAGCCAAACGCCCCACAGUCAUACUAGAAAUAAUCCUGAUAACUUCCCCGAUGAAACACUGGGAGAUGCAGCCAAUUAUUGCAGAAAUCCAGAUAGCUCAUCUGGAGGACCAUGGUGUUACACAACCAACAAAGAUGAACGAUGGGAAUACUGCGAAAUACCAUAUUGUAAUGAAGAUACGCCUGGCGUGGUCAACAUGACUUUGGCAGCAUGUGAGAGCAAAGGCGGGAAAUUCUAUGACAAUCAUUGCUACUGGCUAAGUUCUGGUCAGGAUGCCAAAGGUCAUGUCCAAGCUAAGAGCGCAUGCGCAAACCUCGCAGCGAGAUUAGUCAGUAUUGACACUACCAACGAGUAUGCAUUUGUUAAGGAACUAAUUGCUAACACGACUGUAGUUGGAGCAUCACGGUGGAUGACAAGUGGAUUAGAAGUUGGUGUACAUGAACCAAGACAAUGGGCAUGGGACGUUGGGUCUUGGUAUAAGCCGACCAAUAUCGAAUUGACGGGAAUGACAAACGAUAAGGACCAGAAGUGUAUAAUAAUCAAAGACGGGUCAAAUUUGGAAGUAGACCAUUGUCACUCAGCCACCUCUGAUUAUUACUACGUCUGUGAAGCAGGGGAGGAAUCCCAGGAGGAAAGACCGGCAAAUUUUGAGACAAGUGUGUUUAUUGGUGGUAAUCUAACGGCAGAAAUAUCAAAUGUGUACAAUGGAAACCUACAGGAUAUGACAAACUACAUCAUCAUUUUCAUUAAUGGUCUCGGUGCUUUCCUCCAUGAUCCCAAACUUGUGCAUCCCAUCAGUACCACUGUAACACGAGUAUUCUUUUACGAAAAUACACCACUCCAGUGGUAUGGUAUUGAUAGGACUGAUUGCCAAGGUCUUGGUCCUGUAUCGGAUUACCAGGCAGCCCAUGCUGACAGACCUGCUUGGGACGUGGCGCAUUUUCUUGUCAAAGAUGUCUGUGGUGCUGUUGGCUGGGGGUGGAAAGGCGGUCUAUGCCAUGAUAGGAACAGUGCUACAAUAUGUCAGGCAAAUGCGCAUUUCAGUGGUAUUGUUUGCCUUGCCCACGAACUUGGACACGUUAUGAAUAUGAAUCACGAUGCUGAUUAUGAUGGGCGCAAUGACUGUUUCUUACCACCUCCAAGGGGUUAUAUGAUGAGUGGAGGAUCUACAGGGUAUUCACCAUGUGGCGCAGAGGAUUUCAUCAGCAUGAUGAGGGAUUUGGGGCCAACGGCGUGCGUGUACGAUAACGCAUAUGAACACUACCAAAUUCCAAAUAUGGUCGAGGGGUACGAACUGCCAGGUCAACGUUAUGACAUUAACAAGCAAUGUGAGACACAUUUGGGAGCCAAUUUCUCUUAUAUGAGAGAUGACGGAAAAAAGGGAUAUGUGUUUGGUGCAAGUCAGGGUGUUUGUGAAGACGAUAUACAAUGUAUCGACUAUAAUAAUUAUGACAUCAGAACAGUUAUUGAUGUUGGGAACGUAGAGGGAACGUAUUGCUCUGGUACCAAAUGGUGUAGACGUAACACGAGGUGUACAGACUGGACUACAGAUGCUGAUAAGAUGUGGGAGAACCUUGGACGCCUUCAGGUAGUCCAGGGAGGCUGGGGUCCAUGGGGUCUCUGGACUCAAUGUACUUCCACUUGCGGAGCAGGUGUAAGAAAACGAAGCAGAUUUUGUGACUCACCUAUGCCAAAGAACACUAGAUGCCAUGGAAGCUACUACGAGGCGGAAUUAUGUAACACUCAAAGGUGUUAUUUCUCUGUAGAGGGUGACGAGGUUUCUCCUGUGAAGUGGCGACUCCCGAGCAGAGUGCUCCAGAGCCUGGACCCCUUCCAAGAGACAGAGUUUGUGUCGGAGCCAAAGUUACACUGCCGGAACUGA